CUGUGGAUAAUGCGUGGGCGCAUUUCCAGCAUUCCAUCAUGAACCCUCGACAUGGGAGUCUAGCCCAAGAAGCUAUGGCCACCGAGGCCGAGGCUCGGCGGUUCAAUCAUCGAGGCAUGAUGGUGAUGAAGCUGGAAUGUGCAUUUCGACGCCAUUUAUUGUUUGGUUUGCUUGGUUUGUUUGCUCCAAUUGUUUGCUGAGUGCCAUCCAUCCAUGCUGGGCUCCGUUUUCGGCAUCCAAACCCCCUGACGGGGGCGGGACCCUCAUUUGACCAGCGGACGGAAGCGCGCUAGCCCCAGCUCCCUCCCCUGAGCACGAGUGCGGCUACGCGCACCAAGGAGGAGGGAGAAGUCAACCAAAGGGCAUUCAAGACGUCGUCAAUUCCAAUCCCAAUCGACAUGCAACCCAGCUCACCAACCUGGCAGCCAUCAAGCCCUCGUCUGGCCGUUUGACGUCUCGCCCCAUUGACGCGCUGGAUCCCACGGGAACCACUGCCGGGCCUGGCCUCAGCUUGUCCUCUGAUGAUUUUGCGUUACAGCCGAUGGCCCAUGAUCUGAUCCCACCCUUUCUGCGACGCCAACCGACCCAUCGCGAUUCGACCGCUACAGCCGCCAUGAACCCUUGGCCGACUCCCUUUUAAGCCCGCAGCCGCCGACCGGGAAUCUUGCCCUGCUCACGGAACGGCAGAAUCUGGAAUUCCCUUCGUUUCUUGCCCUUCUUUCGCCAUCUUUCCCUUCGAGUGCUCUUUUUGGCACCACAACCUCGCCCACGAUGGACUACGCAAGACCUCCUGGUUCGGCCUUGGCAACUCCCCGACGAGUCGUCACCACUCCUUUACCCCUCCAGUCCGCCAGCCUUUCGCAGUCGCCGAGCCCGGCCGCGCCCGCAGCAACGCCCUCGGGCGGCAUCGAGACUCUCUACAGCCAUCCGUCGGUCAAGAUAAUAGCCUUUUCGGCCGGGCCUCGCACACUGUUCGCUGUUGGCGCCUCGGGUCGCGGGCUAGUUACGCCAGUCGACGACAUUGAACCCGGAACACUGCCGUGGUCUUCACAGCUCGAGCGAACUAUUGCCGUUGGCCCCUUCCGAAUCUACCGUGCCCCUGGCUCCGUCGCCUUCCUCAACUGCGGAACUGCCCUGCAGCCCAUCCUGCCCAAGAGCCAGUGCUGGUGCAUCGAUGAGAUCUCGAGCAAGUUUGUCCUGCAGAUUCGCCGUCCUCAGUACUGGAGGAUAGAGAUCCCCAUUGGCGACGCCGAGCAAGCACAGGCUCUCCGCGACGUCUUCGACAAGGUCCUGCAGUUCGAGAAGACCCCGUGUCCCUUCCAGCGCGCCUUCCACGUCGAGCUCCCAGAGCCAUCCCAAGCCCCAGUCAAGAAGCGCCCAUGGGCCCCGACCCGGAGGACCUCGCUCCACCUACCUCCGACCCCGAUCUCCCCCGAGGACCUGACACCUCGUGCCACUUUGAUGGGCGAAAGGACACGGAGGGCCACCUACUCCAGGAACUCGGAUGACGUUCUGACGCCCACCCUGACCCCGCCAACACUGACUCCGACUCUCUCAACCAUUGCUAAGACCAGCCAAGGGGAGGUGUCCAAGAGUUGCCAGCGCAUCGAGGCGGAAGCGUCUAACAAGCCGAAUCCGGUCAAGGACGUCGACUCUCCGAUCCCCGAUGCUAUAUCGCAGCAGCACCCCGGUUUCCACGCCGGCCGCUCCAUCAUGCCGCCCCCACAACUGUCACUGCUCACGUCGUCCCCGCCUCGCAGCAUCGCAGCGACUCAGUCGACGCGGUCGCUGUCUGGAGAGGAGGAGGAGCAGGAGGAGGAUGGGUCCGAGACUACCUCUCCUACUGAUUCCUCCGACUCUUUCCACAGCAUGCGGAGCUGGAACUCCCCAACCAGACUCCUCCCUCCUUCGCCGCCAUUGUCUAACCCCAACUCCCCACGGACUUUUCCCUACCCUCACGAAAACAUCCCUCUGCCCCAACAACCACCCUCCUGCCAAGAGCAGAUGAGUGCCGACUCGGCUCUGGUGGACAGGCUCGAUGAGUGCGCUAUCGAGGAUGACGCGCGCAAUGGGGCUGCCGCUGACGAUCAGCUGGCAGCGUGCGCUUCGCCGUCCAGCGACGGCUGUUCGGUUGUUUCCUUUGAGGAUGCCAGCCAGGCUCCCGCGACCCCGACCAGCACAACCUCUGUGGUAGUCCGCUCCGCCGGGAGCAGCAGGAGCAACAGCCCACCGCGCACGCGCCCGCGGCUUCGGCGACGCGCCACCUCGCGCAGCAGCAUCUCGUCUUCCGUAGGCCAGUACCGUGCGCUCUCUCCGCUGCCCCCUGGUGUGAACCUCUUCAACCCCAGUCGGUUCCACCGCUCCAUGACCGACACCCCCGAGCGAGCAAAGACGCGCAUGGAAGCUGUGCGCCGUAUCCCCAGCGUCAUCCUCAACCGGACGUGUGAGAUCCUGCUCUCGCCCCCGGGUAACCUGGUCAACCUAAUGCUCAAGGUGGCGGCCCGCAUCGCGGCCGGCGAGUGGCGCGGCCUCGUCUUUGGCAUCGGUGAGGGUGGCGAGCAGAUCCCCGUGCAGUGGGAUUACUCGGACUCGGAUUCUCCUGGCAUGCCCGGCCAGUGGGGAGAUAUGGACAGCAGUUUCUUAUACGCCGAAUCUGUCCGUCCGGCCACCCGGGGCGGCUGGGAGUCUGGCGGCUCCUUGGGCCGCAAAGCCUCGGCGAUCCUGAGGUCGACCUCGCCUGCUGCCUGGAGUGCCAGCAACGACGAUGACGGUGGUGACGGAAAGCACCCCGACGAUGGCUUGGACGGAGACUGGAGCCAGCGCUGGACGGUCGACUAGGUGUUCUCCUUCGCCCUGGCUGCCGACAAUACCCGUGAACUGCCCUGACGGGUGUGCAAGCAAUCUCGCCGGCCCCCUUCUGUAGCUUUCCCUUGUCUUUCUUUUCCUUGCGUUCUUCUCUACCAAUGUCAUGAGCGUGAUGGCCUCCCACGCGUAGCCGCAUAGUCGCACACAACCCCUGUAACACCUAAUGUAUGACUGCUGUCUAUAUUUGCUUUGUGUUUUCUGUUUCGCAUACUUGCCGGUUUGUUUUGAGGAUUGAGGAGUCGUAAGCAGACGCUUGUGUAUAUACUCGUUGCCGGCGUUGUGAGAAUUAGGUGCCUUUUGCUCGAGCGUUCUGGGCAUUGGAUCAGGAGUGGAGGACGAGCGCUUCCAUGUAUUCCACGGGGGUGCUGUUUUUGUCUUUAACGCCUCGUUAGCAGGCUCGCAAAUCUUCAAGCAAAUCCUGCUAUCCG